GCUCUGAUUUCACGAUUCAUGAAACCCUAACAACCCUAACCCUAAUUUGGGAGAGAAAUGGCACAGAGAGAGAAGGAAAUGGAGAUUAAGGUCACGGAGACUUGCCUGCCAUCGGCCGGAUUCCCCUCGCCGCAACCGGCGGCGCAGUGCUCCACCCGAGAACCGUCGAGGUCGGUGGCGGUCGUGCAGGCAGAGGGAGAGAAGAGAGCGAGAUCGGAGGAGGAUGGAUUGGUCCACAUGGCGGGAGCCGCCGUGGCUGCGAGGAAGGUGAGUAGGUGUUGCAAGUGCCGGCGAAGGGUGGGGUUGACGGGGUUUCGAUGCCGAUGCGGGGAGUUGUUCUGCGGGGAGCACCGGUACUCGGAUCGGCAUGCGUGUAGCUUCGAUUACAAGGCGGCGGGUAAGGCGGCGAUCGAGAGGGAGAACCCCGUCGUCAGGGCGGCGAAGAUCGUUAGGGUUUGAGAGAGAGAGAGAGAGAUUCGAAGAAGAAGAAGAUGAAGAUGAAGAGUUGGUUUGGUGGUGUUUUUGUAUCUUUUUUGGGUCUGAAUGAAAAAAGGGAUGUUUUUCUUAA